AUGUCAGAGUUCACAGAACUUUAUAAAAGAGCCGGUAACGAAGCUAUCAAGCUAAACCCUCCAACUGGGUCAGAUUUCCAUUUAACCGCUCGUGGUUCAGAUUGGUUAUGGGCUGCUUUCUGUCUUUUCCUUUUUUCAGCAAUGCUACUGAUUGUAUUGAUGUUCAGAAAGCCAAUCAAUGAAAGAUUGUUCUACUAUACGGCAAUUGCUCCAUGUGCUUUCAUGGCUAUCGCAUACUUCACAAUGGCUUCCGAUUUAGGUUCUACUCCAAUUAGAGCUAAGUACGACCAUGUUAAGACAAGUACACAAAAAGAACACCCAGGUUACAGACAAGUCUUCUACAGUAGAUUUAUUGGUUGGUUCUUAGCUUUACCAUGGCCAAUUAUUCAAGCUUCUUUGUUUGGUAAAACUCCAUUGUGGCAAAUUGCUUUCAACGUUUGUAUGACCGAAUUCUUUGUUGUUUGCUUCUUAAUUGCUUCUUUGGUCCAUUCCACCUACAAGUGGGGUUACUACUCCUUUGGUAUUGCUGCUAGUAUUGUUGUUAUGAUUAGUGUCAUGACUACAACAAAAAAUUAG